AUGUCCACGCAAGAUAAAGAGCCAUCGACCCUCAUCGUUGGCGCCGGUGUAUUCGGUGCAUCAACAGCAUAUCAUCUCUCCUUACAAUACCAAGAUGUGUCGAAGAUCACGGUGUUGGAUCGGACUCCAGCUCCACCGACUCCAGCCGCAAGUACAGAUAUCAACAAGAUCAUCCGAGCGGACUACUCAAGUGCCUUCUACACCGAACUCGCAUACGAAGCAAUGGACGCAUGGUCAAACUGGCCCGAACUGAAAAACUACUACCAUCGAACAGGCUGGAUCGCGCUCGACACAGAAGAUAGCGACCUAGCUGAUCGAAUUCGUAAAGUCUUCCGCGAUCGAGGUCACGAUCCAUCCAAAGAUGUUCCUUUGAACGAGCUCGACCAGCAUUGGAAGGGAAUCAUGAAAGGGACGAAUGUUGAAGGAUUCAAGGCGGCGUAUUGGAACCCGGAGGCAGGGUGGUGUGAUGCAGCGGCUGCUACGGUGAGUGUUCUGAAUGCUGCGGUUGAUCGCGGAGUCAAGUACGUGCUCGGCGAUGUGGAGAGUCUCUUGCUGGAGUCUGGAAAAGUUGCUGGUGUAAGGACUGCUGGCGGCGAUGAGCUUCGAGCUGACCGUGUUGUGCUGGCUACGGGUGCUUGGACAAGCAGUGUUCUGUCUCCAAUCGAAGACAAGCUUGACAUCCACGAAGCAGAUCGCAUCGAGCGUCAGAUGACAGCGGCAGCCGUCGGUGUAGUCCAUUAUAAGAUGUCCCAGAAGGAAAUGGACGACCUCUCUGAGAUGCCGGUCGUGGUCUACGGUGAACAUGGCGAGGUCAUACCUCCACCACGAGAGAACCGCCUGCUCAAAUAUACAAACGCCAAGACGUUCACCAAUACAAUAACCACAUCAUCCGGACAUAAUAUCUCAGUGCCUCCAGAGCAAGACCAGCACAUUAUCCCCGAGGCUUUAAAGACCGAGACAGAGGCCGUCAUGAGUUCGCAAGUCAUGCCAGGAUUCUCUCAAGAUAAAUCCGCUGAUCACUGGAGACUGUGCUGGGAUGCACGAACGCCGACACAGGAUUGGCUUUUGACGAAGCACCCUCAUGGAGAACUCAGUAACCUGUAUAUCGCGGGCGGUGGUAGCUUUCACGGCUACAAGUUCUUGCCAAUCAUUGGCAAGUACAUGGUCAACGUGCUUGAUGGAAGCGGUAAUGGGUCAGAGAAGGACAAGGCUUGGGGAUGGAAGGCUGCUGAUGCGCAAUGGGCUGGCGCACAUCCUAAGACGGCGCCGAGUAGGGAGAUGCGUGAUCUAGAGGGAUGA